UGACUUGUCUUACUCUCUGUGCUAUGUCAGGUUGCAUCGGAAUUUGAUUUCAAAGGCGUAAUUUACUUUAUAAAGUCAUGGAGAAAGUGUGCCUUUGGGCAGAUUGCUUCCAGUUUCGGGUUUUCUCAUUCCAACAAGUGCUUGAUUGGCGGUGUUUUGUUCUUGGAGAUUCCCUUCUUGUUUCUUUUCUCAACUGCACUUAGUGGACAGUUUCUUUUGAAUGAAAAAUACAGCAGGCGUAAUGCAAUUUUUUUCUGAGAUUGGUGUUGGAUCUUUAGUGCAUGUCUAUGAUGCAUUGUUGAUACAACAUCAAGUUGUGAUCCUUGGCAAAACCAUCUUCUGGGGGUUGAAGUCUACAAACAAACCGAUGAUACUUUCUACUUAGUUUAUAGUAGAAACUUGUUGCACUGAAUCCGCACAGAGUUGUAGUUCUUAGCUUUUAUUUUCAUCUUCUCUACUGAUGGCUACUGGUUAGAGUGAUGACAUAAUCCGUAACUGAAGAUUUUGCAAGAUCUUUUACAUAGCAAAGCUGAGCUAGCUGUUAUCACGUUUGUGAUUGUGUCAGUUGACUGUCCUGAGCAAAGAAUCCUAUCAAUUUGCUAAAUCAUACUCUGGCUUGAUCAGUUCUUGGGUUGUUAUCAAGAUGGUUUUCAGUGCUCGACUUUUCCAUCUAUAUAUGCCUUACCGUUGUCUCGGAGCCUUCGUUCUGAUGUAUUUUAUGAAUAAGGCUGUGAAGGCCAUCCAGCAGAUAUGUACUGGUUCUUUGCUCAUACAUCAUGCCACAGAAAUUUGAUGGUGGAUUCAGAUAGAUCAGCCAGGCGGUUAAUUUCCAUUUCUUAGUUUUUUUUAAGCCAUAUAACAAAGUAAAAAUCAUAGAUUUUUCUAUGUGCCAUUCUUUUCUUGAAUAAAUAAAGCAUCACGGGCUGCUGAAUCAAAAGAAUGGAGAGGUACAAGAUAAUCAAAGAAGUUGGUGAUGGAACGUUUGGGAGUGUUUGGCGAGCAUUAAAUAAGCAGACUGGUGAAGUUGUUGCGAUUAAGAAAAUGAAGAGAAAAUAUUAUUCUUGGGAGGAAUGCAUAAAUUUGAGAGAAGUUAAGUCAUUGCGAAAAAUGAACCAUCCUAAUAUUGUGAAGCUGAAGGAAGUCAUUAGGGAAAAUGACAUUUUGUAUUUUGUGUUUGAAUAUAUGGAAUGUAACCUAUAUCAACUAAUGAAAGACAGGGGAAACCUUUUCUCAGAAGCUGAAGUCAGAAAUUGGUGCUUCCAAGUGUUUCAGGGACUAGCAUACAUGCACCAGCGAGGAUAUUUUCAUCGUGACCUUAAGCCAGAGAACGUGCUGGUUUCAAAAGAUGUAAUAAAAAUUGCUGAUUUUGGUCUUGCUCGCGAGAUUAGUUCUCAACCACCAUAUACAGAAUAUGUCUCAACACGCUGGUAUCGUGCCCCGGAAGUUCUGCUUCAGUCUCCAAUGUAUAAUUCUGCAGUUGAUAUGUGGGCAAUGGGUGCAAUCAUGGCUGAACUGUUUACUCUCCGUCCCCUUUUCCCAGGCUCAAGUGAAGCAGAUGAGAUCUACAAAAUAUGCAGCAUAAUAGGCACUCCAAAUGAGAUUGAGUGGACCAAAGGCCUUAAACUUGCAAGUGCUAUUAACUACCAGUUCCCACAG